CCCUGGCCUGCGAUUGGUGAACGUGAACGCGAGGCGGAGCCUCCAGUGGUGCGUGUGCGCGCGCAGGUCACGUACCUAGGUACGACCUCGGUGAGCUGCGUCUGUGCCAUGGCGGCCACUCUCCUGCUUCGGGGAGGACGAAUCCGGGCGCUGAAGGCUGUGUUCCUGAAGGCAAGGGCGUUCCGAGAACUGUCUUCUACCACGCCCCUCUCUACAGAGUCAGGGAAGAGUGAAAAGGGGCUACAGCCAAGUCCCAAGAAGCAAAGCGCUCCGAAAGAUGUGGUGGGAGCAGAGAGGGGCAAGCUCCUAGCCACCCACACAGCAGCGUCAUUGUCCAAAAGUACAUCUCCACCCAGUUCUUACCCAUCGGUGGGGAACACGGGUGGGGCUGUAGCUGGCCCACACCCUGGUGGCAGCCUGCCGCUCACAGAUGAAGGGCUUCCGAAGCAUUUGUCAAGAAAGACUUUGGUAGAGUUUCCUCAGAAAGUUCCAUCUCCACCCCAAGUCCAGGGCUCUGUAUCAGAGGCUCAGCAGCAUGUGCAGAAGGUGGCAAACGGUUCAUCCUCAUCAUCAUCUUCCUCAUCCAGCUCCUCAGAUUCAGACUCUGAUGGGGAGGGACAUGACUCAAACAUUGAUCCCCAGGUAUCGAGCAGAGGCAAGGCAGGGCUUUCCAAACCAGAGGCCUCGGGUCCCAGAGUCCCUAAAAUCACAGUACCAGUAAAGGAGAAAGCCAAGGUGCAAAAGCCGCGCACAGAUGUCACCUACCCAGAGCAGUCCCAGCAGCCAAAGAAGAAAGGGACUGCCACCAAGCCUGUACAGGACAGCAAAGAAACCAGAUCCAAGCCCGAGACAUCCAGAUCACAGUCCAGUGAGAUUUUGGGGACAAACUCGAAGGAAGAACACCCACAGGGGAAACCAAGGCCGAGCAAGACACGGAAGGAAAGCCCAAAGCCAUUAGAAGCUGAAGGAAUCUUACCCGUCCACCCAUCUGCACGGCUCACUGGUGGCCCAGUGCCCACAGCGAGAACACCAGAGGCCAGUGCAGGAGAACAGCUGCCAGCUGCCACACCCCAGGCCAAAGCCAGGCGACUGGAACCAAAAGAGCCAGAGCCUGAAGGGAAGGCAGCUUCUCCCCAGGUCCUGGCUGGGAAAGAAAGCCUGGAGAGGCAGGUGCCAGGAGGCUACUCAAAGGCCAAGGGGGAGACCUGGGAAGAUCAGAAACCAGUGGGAUAUUCGAAGACCGUUCCUGUUGAGAAGAAAGAUACCCUCGAAGAGAGAGCAGGACCACAGCUGGAGCAGGCAGCCAUCGGUGAAGCCCCGCCCACUGAUGCAGGCCCACCCCAGGAAGCCUCAGACGACACACAGGAGCACAUGCUGGCCCCUGAGCCGACUGACGCCACCACCUACAAGAACCUGCAGCAUCAUGACUACAGCACAUACACCUUCCUAGACCUGAACCUGGCCCUCUCCAAGUUCAGGAUGCCACAGCCCUCUUCAGGACGAGAGUCACCUCGGCACUGAGCUCAGCUCACGGUGGCCCCAUCUCGGUACCAUGAAUUCACUGACUAUGAGAAUAAAGAGUGACAAAGCGCA